AUGGAAGCGAAUACUGAUCGAGGUUCGUCACGCAUCAUUGAAAACGAGGUAUCUAGUCAUAACAGUACUUGCUCUGUAGUUAUAGAGGGUAUAAAACUCGAGAUGGUAAUUUUGGAAACCCGGCUACUCAAUACCAUAAAGGAGAAUAAGUCAGACAUUUGCUCGCUUAAAUUUAAAGUCAAAGAUCUAGAAGGUGUCAUCCGACAUCAGGAUGACGCAAUUAUCAAGCUCUCAGAAGAUAAUUUAAUUUUAAAAUCUAAAUUAUCCUCUUUUGAAAACUUAACUUAUAAAGUAAUCUGCCAUGACCAUGACCAUGACCAUGACCAUGUGAAUAAUGAACGUGCUAAUGAGUCAGCCAGUACAACCCAGGUUAAUGACCAAUUCCAUUGGAUUCCACGACAAAGACCAACUGACUAA